AAUUUACUCUCCACUUUAUUCUGCAGUACAUCGCUACUACCACCAGGGGGAGAAAGUGCGAAACUGUCAGGAACCGGAAGCAGCUUUAACGUGUUUCUCCUUGGAGAGAACCGAAGAAUGGCUUACUGACAAGUGUAGUCCGUGUUACAAUAAAUAAAGACUAAAUACGAUUUUGGAACUGCACACCUUUAAAGAGAAAAAUGAAACGGGAUGUCAGAAUUUUAUUGCUUGGGGAACCUAAGGUUGGGAAGACGUCCCUCAUCAUGUCUCUUGUUGGGGAGGAAUUCCCAGAGGAGGUGCCCCUUCGUGCUGAAGAAAUAACCAUCCCUGCUGAUGUCACGCCAGAGAAGAUUCCAACACACAUUGUUGAUUACUCAGAAAGUGAGCAGAAUGAUGAGCUGUUACAAGAAGAAAUUGUGAAGGCUAACGUUGUCUGCAUGGUGUAUGACGUCACCAAGGAAGACACAAUAGAGAAGAUCCGAACUAAAUGGAUCCCCUUAGUGAAUGGAGGAGUAGAGAGGGGGAAUAAGGUACCUAUCAUCUUGGUUGGAAACAAAUCAGAUCUGUGUUCAUCAAGCUCCAUGGAGUCCAUCCUGCCCAUCAUGAAUCAAUUCUCUGAGAUUGAGACCUGUGUGGAAUGCUCUGCUAAGAACUUGAAGAACAUCUCUGAGUUGUUUUACUAUGCCCAGAAGGCUGUGCUUCAUCCAACUGCUCCACUCUACGACCCUGAAGAAAAACAGCUCAGGCCCAUGUGUGUUCGAGCCUUGAGCCGAAUUUUCCACAUAUCUGACCGAGAUAAUGAUGGGAUAUUAAGUGAUGAUGAGCUCAACUUUUUUCAGAAAUCAUGCUUUGGGAAUCCACUAGCACCACAGGCCCUGGAAGAUGUCAAGACAGUGGUGUGGAAGAACACAAGUGAUGGUGUACAGGAAAAUGGACUGACACUGAAUGGCUUUCUCUUUCUCAACACACUUUUCAUCCAGAGGGGUCGGCAUGAGACAACAUGGACCAUCUUGAGGAAGUUUGGCUAUGAUGACACACUGGAGCUGGUAGAUGACUACCUGUACCCUCAGCUUCGUGUUCCAGUGGACUGCACCACAGAACUCAACCAUCUUGGCCAUCAGUUCCUUCAGAUGCUGUUUGAAAAGUAUGAUGAGGAUAAGGAUCAAGCCCUUUCCCCUGCUGAGUUGAAGAAUCUCUUCAGUGUGUUUCCGUAUAUGCCAUGGGGCACAGAUGUGUAUGCUUCUGUCUCGACUAACAAGGAGGGUUUCCUAUCCUUACAUGGCUUCAUCUGUCAGUGGACAUUGACUGCAUACCUAGAUAUCCAUCGCUGUCUGGAGUUCCUUGGUUACUUUGGCUACCCUGUUCUUACCGAGCAAGAGUCCCAAACUUCAGCUAUAACGGUGACCAGAGAGAAAGCCAUAGACCUAGAGAAAGGGCAGACUCAGCGCACUGUGUUCCUCUGCAAAGUGAUUGGACCACGUGGCACAGGCAAGACUGCCUUUCUACAGGCCUUUCUGGGCCGUGACUUUUCGACACAAAUGAGUACACCAGGAGCCUUUUCCUACUUUACCAUAAACACGGUCCAAGUCAGCAACCAGGAGAAGUAUUUAAUUCUCUAUGAGGUGGAUGUUGAUACAGAGUUCCUCAAAGCUUCUGAUGCUGCUUGUGAUGUGGCCUGCCUGAUGUAUGAUGUUAGUGACCCCAAAUCCUUCAGCUAUUGUGCCAGUAUCUACAAGCAACAUUAUAUGGACUCCAGCAUUCCCUGUGUUGUGGUGGCUUCCAAGUCAGACCUCCCUGAGGAGAAACAGCAGCAUGGAAUCUCUCCUGCUGAUUUCUGCUAUAAGCAUCGCCUACCUGCCCCCCUGCCCUUUUCCUGUAUCAGCUUGGAUACAAGAAGCACAGCCAUCUACUCCAGGCUAGCAUGGGCAGCCAUGCUCCCACAUCUUAACAAUUCUGACAUGACGACCACCUCCUUCUGGUUAAGAGUGACACUAGGAGCAGCUGUUUUGUCAGUUCUGGGCUUCACCAUCUAUCGAGCUUUCAUCAAACAGAAAUAGAACUCUAGUGAAAGCCCACCCCUCCUCCAAAAACUUGUCUACACCUCUACACCUCUUGUCAGGCUUCAGUCAGGGGGUUUGGACAUGGAAAACCACAAAAAGGGGAUAUUUUCACCAGUGUGCAAGACCCAUCAUAGUGAACGUCUGAUAUUUGAGCUCUGCAAACAACAUUUACAUAAUAUUGUUAGUCAACAUGUCUUCUUCAGAAAUUUCUUGAGUAUGACUUUAAGGAUCCAUUAAGUUUCUCUUAAUUGAAUGUAGCUUUUGAUGCCUAGCUUAUUACUCCAGGCAUGUUCUAGACAAGAAACGUUGGAUAUUCAUUUCCUACAUUUUUGUAAGAUUAUUGCAAACAUGAAAGUCACUAGACAUUGACAUCUGUAGAACUUUUGUGGAUAUAAAGGCCAUUAAAUUCAUGGAAAAGAACUGUAAAAAAUGCAAAGCAUACAGCAUAUAAAAUAUACAUAGUCUCAUGGGACAGCUGCUAGCA